AGCCCUACCAAAGCUGUGUGGUUGAGCGAAGUGAAUGACGUCUCUGCAUUUGCGGGCCGCCGACGCAGGGCUGGGUUUCCAUUUUCAGAGCGAGUUUCGGGGGGGAUCGUCAACAUGGAGCCGGAGCCGGAGAUGGAGGACAAAACGUUGGAACUGAUGAACACGUCAGGGAUGGACUCAUCGAACCUCGUGGACGAUCUGUCGCCAAAGAAGACAACAGUUCUCAAGCUUAGUAAUGGUCCUGUUGUCGGGUCCCGCAAGCGUCCGUCAGAGGGGAACUACGAGAAGGAGAAGGAACACUGCAUCGCCCUGUUCGACCAGUGGUCGGAGGCCGACCAGGUGGAGUUUGUCGAGCGCCUGAUCUCCCGUAUGUGCCACUACCAGCACGGCCACAUCAACUCCUACCUCAAACCCAUGCUGCAGAGGGACUUCAUCACUGCGCUGCCAGCCCAAGGCUUGGAUCACAUAGCAGAGAACAUCCUGUCUUUCCUGGAUGCACGCUCGCUUUGCUCGGCAGAGCUGGUGUGUAAGGAGUGGCAGAGGGUCAUCUCGGAGGGUAUGCUGUGGAAGAAGCUCAUCGAACGCAUGGUCCGCACGGACCCGCUCUGGAAAGGCCUGUCUGAGAGACACCAGUGGGAGAAAUAUCUGUUCAAGAACCGCACGCCUGAAGUCCCACCCAACUCCUACUAUCACUCCCUUUAUCCCAAGAUCAUCCAAGACAUAGAGACUAUUGAGGCAAAUUGGCGAUGUGGCAGACACAACUUGCAGAGGAUUCAGUGUCGCUCAGAAAAUAGUAAAGGGGUUUACUGUCUCCAGUACGACGAUGACAAGAUCAUCAGUGGCCUUAGGGACAAUUCCAUUAAGAUCUGGGAUAAGCAGUCUCUGGAGUGUCUGAAGAUACUGACCGGUCACACAGGAUCAGUGUUGUGUCUGCAGUAUGAUGAGAGGGUCAUCGUCACCGGGUCUUCUGACUCAACUGUCAGGGUGUGGGAGGUCACGACGGGUGAGGUACUGAACACACUGAUACACCACAACGAGGCAGUUCUUCACCUGCGCUUCGCCAACGGCCUGAUGGUCACCUGCUCGAAGGACCGUUCAAUUGCAGUCUGGGACAUGGCCUCUCCCACCGACAUCAGCCUACGUCGCGUCCUUGUGGGACACCGGGCUGCUGUCAACGUUGUCGAUUUUGACGACAAAUACAUCGUGUCCGCCUCAGGGGACCGUACCAUCAAGGUAUGGAGCACCAGUACCUGUGAGUUUGUGCGUACUCUAAAUGGUCAUAAGAGGGGCAUUGCCUGUCUACAGUACAGAGAUCGCCUGGUGGUCAGCGGCUCAUCUGACAACACAAUCCGGUUAUGGGACAUAGAGUGUGGGGCGUGUUUGCGAGUGCUGGAAGGUCACGAGGAGCUGGUGCGUUGCAUCCGCUUCGAUAACAAAAGGAUUGUAAGCGGCGCCUACGACGGCAAGAUCAAGGUGUGGGACCUGCAGGCAGCCCUGGACCCACGAGCCCCCGCCAGCACAUUAUGUCUGCGCACUCUAGUGGAGCACUCCGGCCGCGUGUUCCGCCUUCAGUUCGAUGAGUUUCAGAUCAUCAGCAGUUCUCACGACGACACCAUUCUGAUCUGGGACUUCCUGAACGUCUCGACCAAUGGCCAGUCAGAGGGACGGUCUCCCUCCCGCACCUACACUUACAUUUCUAGAUAGCAGGUGGCGCCAUCCACACAUCCUUUCUUGGAGGAGCCCACUGCUGUUUGGCUGAUGGGUGCGUCCAUCAUGGAAAGGAGCCCAUCUUUUCUCCUUCCUCCUCGUCAUCUCUCUGUCCACCUCCCACCCUGCCCCCCGCCACCUCCACCUCCCUGCCCGUUCUGACAGACUCUUGAGCUUGUGCCCAUUGCCUGCCAGUACUGUGACAUGCACACACAGACACGCACACACAGGUCCACACUGAUGAGGAUUCCCUACUACAGAACCAACGCAACUCUCCAAAGAAGUUCACCUUCUACUACUAAUUUAUGUUUUGUAAAGUACACUAAUGACAGUAUUAACUUAGACCUUAUAUAAGUCACAAGCUCCCUUUUUGUCCCCUUGAUUCAAACUAAAAGCGGCUUCUGCUGCUCAGUUUUUAACCCCAGGUUUCCACAGAUAUGGAAUCUCUUAUAUAUAUAUAUCUAGAUAUAUGUAUAUGUAUAUAUAUAUAUAGAUAUAGAUAUAGAUAGAUAGAUAGAUCUAUAUA